UUUCCAUGAUUCCUUCUCCACCAUCGUUGCCUACCAUUCCUCUCAUUCUCCUCCUCUUAUUCUGCCACCGUUUCAUUCUUUCUUCUUGCGCUUGGUACUCUUUUUCACUUGUAAUAAUUACGUGCACUUCGAUUUUCGAUCGACGUGCGCACAAUCUAGUUUAAAGUUGGUGCUAUUGUUGUCAAUUCUUAGCUGGGUUAAUUUCAAUUUCUUUGAGGACAGAAGUGUUAAUUUCCCUGCAAUUCUCGUUGUUUCGCUUAAAAACAGUUUCUUUAUGCCUUGGUACUUCUUCGAUGAUAAUUGGUUAGCUUCAGACUUGCCCUUUGAAAUCUUGAGUUUUGCCGCUUUCCCGUAUUUCUGGCUUCAAACUACAUAAUAUUUCCAAUCAUCGAAUAAGUUUCUCUUUAAGAGAGAACGUGGGUGAUCAGUAUCUGUAUGUAGUUUCAUUUGUGUGUUUAAGGAACCUUGUUAUCAUUUUAUUCGAAGUGAAUCUUAAUUCAUUAACUGUAAGAGGAAAGCAUCAUUGGUUUCUGAGUGAAUUACAGAGAAGUGGAAUUCCUCGGGCAAUACGUUUAUUGCUCACUCAUGAAAACGCCAAAGGAAAGAUCUACGGAGAUAGUUAUAUCUAGAGGUGUUAAAGAGGAAGAGCAGUCAUCGAAUUUAAAAAUUAAAUCUCAGCUUAACACAGGGAGGACUAAAUCCAUCCAUCCACCUAUUGAAACCCAUUGGCAACUCCGACCUCAGGUAGAACCCAAGCCUUCGAAUUCGGGCUUUAAGUCAAUGAUGUCUUACCCGCUCAAGUUUCGAGACUCCUUGAAGAAAAUUCGAAGGACCAAAAGCUUGCAAUUGGUUCUUGAAGGAGCUCAUGAUCCAAAAGAUGAACAGCUUGUUGAGUCUUUCCGUAAACUGCUUUUUGUUGAUGGUCAUUUGCUGGGAAAACACAAUGACUAUCAUACUCUUCUACGGUUUCUACGAAUGAGGGACUUCGAUUUCUCAAAAUCAAAGGAGAUGAUCGUAAAUUAUCUCAAGUGGCGCGAGGAUUUCGGGGUCGAUACAAUUUCCAAGGAAUUUAAGUUUGAGGAGUAUUCAGAGGUUAAGAAAUACUAUCCCCAUGGAUAUCAUGGGAUUGACAGAUAUGGUAGACCAGUAUAUAUUGAAAGGAUUGGGAUGGUAGACCUUAAUUCCCUUCUGCAAGUAACUGGCAUGGACAGAUUUGUUAAGUACCACGUGUCGGAACAAGAGAAAACAUUGAAUUUGAGAUACCCUGCAUGUUCAAUUGCAGCUAAGAGUCAUAUAGCAUCUACAACAAGUAUCUUGGAUGUAAAUGGAGUGGGAAUAUCUAACUUCUCAAAACCAGCCAGAUAUCUGUUUACUGAAAUUCAAAGGAUUGAUAGCAAUUAUUAUCCUGAGACUCUGAAUAAACUUUUUAUCAUUAAUGCUGGAUCUGGAUUUCGGAUACUGUGGAAAGCAAUCAGGACCUUUCUGGAUGCACGCACAAUAUCAAAAAUUCAUGUACUAGGCUCCAAAUACAUUAGUCAGCUGCUUGAAGUUAUUGACCCAAGCCAUUUGCCAACCUUUUUGGGUGGGAACUGCACAUGUUCUGACUAUGGGGGUUGCCUGUUAAGUGACAAAGGACCUUGGAACAAUCCAGAUAUCAUAGAAACGCUUCAGGCAGUUUCUGCAACAGAAGAUACCUAUGAGGACGCAGAAAACGGUGGUGUGGCUUUAGAAGAUGCCUUCAUGCAGAAUAUGAGACGUGAAGAGUCGGAAAGGGUGGGGGAAACAAAAUAUUCAGUAAAAAAAAUCCGGGCAUUGGAAGUUGCACUUGAAGACACCAAGAUGAAAAUCGAGGCAUUGGAAGCUGCACUUGGGGACACCAAAAUGAUUUUGGAAGGACUUACACAGCAAAUACAAGAUCUGAGCAUUUGAACUUUAAUGUGGCCCUUUGUUACACGUAAAAUUGUAAGUAUACGUAACACUUUUUUUUAUUAUUAGUGUCAUUUUUAAUCAACAUAAUUUGAAUAAAAGUCAAUUAAAAUACGUCACAUUAACUGAGGUAACUCGAGCAAUUAUUGAUGUAUAGAAAUCUGUAUACAUGUGAGGAAACAAACUUCUUGUUGGACGAUUAAUUAGAGCUAUACAUUUGGUAUGAACUGAUCCAAUAUUUAAGCAUCAUGUGGCUCCAGGUCAUUGUGGUCGGCGACAAAGUCAAGCUCCAUGGUGGGAGUUGGACCACGAGGGUUUUCGUGAAUAAAUAAUCAUAGAUUUAUAAUAACAAAAGAUAAACAACAUUAUUUAAGCAUUAUUGUUUACGUGGCAGAAAUAGGAUCCUUUAUGUUACUUUAUUAAAGGCAAAUCAGAAAUUAUUCGACCAGUGAUGUAUAUAAUUAAAAAAUUAAUGUAAAAAAUAAUAAUUUUUUUAAUUAUAAAUUUCACUUUCAAAAGAUCGUGACAGGAGGGAGAAGAGUGUUUCAUUUUUCAAAGAAAGUGAGUGUUAUAAAAAAUAAAAUAAAAAAGAGUAAAUUUUCAGCAAAACACUAAAAAUAAAAUAGAAUAAAAUAAAGAAAAGCGACCAUAUUUAGAAGCUUUUGCGGAGCACUAUGGAUCUCUCCGCCUAAUCCUGAGGAAACACUUUUCCAAAAAACAAAGAACACCACAGAUUCAAUUCACCUGAUCCCUUCCUCCGGAUUCUACCGGAUCUUCAUCCUUCACGUCCUCCCUUUUCCUUUCUUUCUGCUUCUCCGCGAUCAUUCCCAAAAAUCUAAAAAGCUAAAUUUCACAUUAACCAAA